UUGUUAAGAGGCUUUUCGUUAUCUUUCAAGUCUCACAAACAAAAGAGUCAAUUUUCUCAGCGUUUAGCCGAUGGAAAGAUGAAGUUGAUCGUUGCUUGACGUUUAAAUUUCCUGCGUAGUACAAGGAAGCCGUCUUCGUCCUCCAUUCCUCCGCUCAUUUCAUCUCCGAUCCCUACAAAGCAAGAGAAAUUACAGUCUCUCAGGCGCUUCCACUCGCCUCUUCAUCUCUUUGGUGUAGAAAGUGGAUACUGCAAACUUGAAGCUUUCAUCAUUCCAUAAGCACCUGCUUCAACAUGGAUCCAAAUGCAAGAACCGGGGAGACUUUCCAACUGGUGAAAUCGGUCUCCGACAAGCAUCUUGAUCUUUUGAGGCCAUCUGCCCGAUUUUGUUCAAUAUUCAGAGGCCAAGGAAAAGACGCUUCAGAUCAUGUAAGAAGCAAGUAUACCCUUCUCAGAGAUGUAGAGGAUUCUCAAGUAGGGCUAUAUGACAAACCUCUCCCAUGUUUUGGCUGUGGCAUUGGAUGGUUUUCUUUCCUCCUCGGGUUCUUUUUCCCACUUGUGUGGUACUAUGCCACGGUUCUCUACUUUUGGAACGUCCGUAGAGAUCCAAGGGAACGAGCUGGACUAGCUGCAUCUGCUAUUGCUCAAGAAAUUGUAAAUGGCGCAGGCUCUUGCAUGUUCGGUCAUCUUGUUAGUCGUUGUAGCUGUUCUACUGUCAUAGCCUCGCCUCCACGGCUGAAACUGCAUUCUUGGCUCCUUCAGCGUCGCCAACACAGUCUCUUGCAGAACAGGGUUCCAUGGAUGUGCAGAUAAAGAUUAAAUGUGUGACAAUGGUGAAUUGAUUUCUGUUACUUUUAUUUGCAACAAAAAUGUAAAUGAUUAUAAAUCAUAUUUUCAUAUGUUUGCCACCUCUUUCAAAAGAGAGUUGUCGCAUUUAUAAUACACAAAGUUACAAACAGUUAUGUAA